CUUCGCCAUAGCAGCACCAGACAGCAGAGCACCAAACCCACACUUCUUUCACCUCCCCUGCCCCCUCCUCCAUUCUCCAUCGCAAUCCGCCGCCGCCGAUGGCGAGGCCGACGCGCGCGCUCCUGCUCCCGCUCCUCCUGCUCCUGGUGCUGGCCCGCGCGUCGGGCGACGUGCCGGCGGCGGCGUCCCUCGGCUGGGACCUCCGCGUGGUGGGCGCGGGAGAGGACGAGGAGUUCGGCUUCCCUGGCGGGGACUCCGUGGCGUGCCGGGUGCUGCAGGGCGGCGGCUACCUCAGCUACGGCGCGCUGCGCAGGGACAACGUGCCCUGCUCCGUCCGGGGAGCCUCCUACUACAACUGCCGCCCCGGCGGGCAGGCUAACCCCUACUCGCGCGGCUGCUCCGCCAUCACACGCUGCCGCGGCUGAUCUCGGCGUCCGCCAAUAGGAAGAGGAGGUUCAUAUCCGUUUAUCCUGCGCCGUUGUUGGCUGAUACGGAGAAAAUCAUUCAUCUCCCUCCCUGCCCCUUUAAUCGAUUAUUGGUACAUGUACGCUACUCUCUCUCUCUCUCUCUCUUGUUGAUUGAUUUUGUUUCUCUUGUUGAUUGAUUUUAACGAGAAUGAUUGUGUUGGUUGUGGGUUAUGACUGGAGUAUCUCUCUCUCGCUCCGGUCCUGUAAAUUCCAUGAUUUUCGAGCAGCUGGUGUAUAAACUACAAACUGAUGAUGACGAUUUCCCCG